AAAAAACCAUGCGGAAUUUUGAUAACUACUGUAGUGAGACAGGUAAACAAAGUUCAUCAAAUUCAAACCUUGAUCACAAGUUCACAACUUCAUCAGUGAAAUUCUAUCAAAUUCAAUCUCAUUUUCUUCAAAUUCACCAUUUUUUGUCUUCGUAUGCAAUUCAUCAAUCCAAAAAUCCUCCAAUCUUUCAACCAUGGCGGAAAAUCACUCAACCUCAACGUUUUCGACACCGGAAAAUCAGGAGCUCGAUCUGGAUUCCUUUCUCCGGCGACAUAACGCUGCAUCAUCAUCUUCCUCAGAUGAAGAAGAGGAACAAAUUCAUCGUGGUUCCGACAUUCUUCUUCGUACUGUUGAUGAUAUCCUUAACGAAUCAUCUUCCGAUUCCGAAAAUCCUGUUAGUUCGGUAUCUUCUACGUUAUCUCAUACUAAAACCCUAAUUUCGAGUGAUAAACAGUUUAAUUCUACUCAAUUUAAGUCUAAUUUAUUUCAACGAAUAAAAUCCGAGGAUUUUUCUCGGAAACUGCCUAUUUCGUCGCAAAACUCGCGAAAUUCGUCGAUUUUCAGCGGCGGAUUUAGUCGAAAACCUGGCGCGGCGCUUGCGGCAGCUGCUGCUGCGUCGAAAAGUGUUCGGAGGAGGACGCUGAGUGUGAAUUUGGAAGGAAGAGUUUCGGAUUUAGAUGAAUUGUCAGGGUUAUUUAAGGAAGAUGUGAAAUCUGAGGGUUGUGAUAGUAAUCUUAGUGUAAAUGAGGUAGUAGAAGAGGUCAUUGAGGAGAGACAAAAGAAUGCGAUUGAUUUUUGUGAAAGUAUUGAUGAAAAAGUAGGCAGUGAGUUAGAGAAUGACGAGUUUGCGAAUGUAGUGUUGAAUUCAAGUGUCGAAAAAGAGGAGACGAUUUCUGCAUCCAAAAGCAUUGGAGUUUUGGAUUUUGGAGAUGGGGAGAAAAUUGAGAAUGAGGAUUUUGCUGACGAUGAGCAUAAGGUGGGGGAGGCAAGGACAGGUGAUGAAUCUUUAGAGUAUGAUAAUGAGAAAGAGGUGGAGCAAGAUUCGACACGAGAAUUACAAGAAGCUGAGAUUUGUGCUGUUGUUUUAGAUAGUCAUGAAUUGAGUACCGAUAGGGAUGGGGUAUGUUCGAUUGGUGAUGAUGUUAAUGAUCUUGUUGAGGAUACUAUCGCAGAAUUAGAGACUCAGAUUGAUAGUAUAAUGGUGGAGGAGGAAAAGUUGCUCCCUCCAAAGAAGGCACUAGAAUUAGCCGAGGACAUUGAGAUAAAGCAAGCUUCAACUGGUCAGGAUUGGGAGGAGGGGGCAGCUGCACAGCCUAUGAGGCUUGAAGGUGCGCGUAGAAGUUCAACAGUGCUGGGGUAUUUUGAUGUUAAUGCUGAUAAUUCUAUAAGUCGAACUAUCAAGUCACAGGCGUUUGUUCGUGAUUAUGGUAACCCACAGGCUAUUGCGGUGCAUCUCAAUUACAUUGCUUUGGGUAUGUCAAAGGGCGUUGUUGUUGUUGUGCCUAGUAAAUAUUCUGCUCAGCAUCCAGAUAACAUAGAUCUUUCAAAGACGAUGUUCCUUGGUAUGCAAGCAGAUCGAUCCCAAGCUCCUGUUAUGUCUAUUUGUUUCAAUCAGCAAGGUGACCUGCUCUUGGCAGGCUAUGGUGAUGGUCAUAUUGUAUUGUGGAAUGUACGUAGGGGAACAGUGGUGAAGGUUAUAACUGGAGGGCAUAAGGCACCCGUUGUUCACACAUUAUUUCUCGGGCAGGAUCCUCAAGUUACUCGACAAUUUAAAGCAAUUACUGGUGAUAGUAAAGGAUUGGUUCAAUUACAUGAUUUCUCCUCUGCAAUGCUUGGACUCUCUGUAACUACAAAAUGUCUUCUUGAUGGUGAAAAAACAAGCACAGUGUUGAGUGCUUCACCUCUACUACCUGAUGAAUUUUCCUUCUCUGGGACCACCACAAGCUCCGCUAGCAGUGUAGGCAGUGUCAUGGGUGCUGUGGUUGGGGGAGCGACUUCUUGGAAACUCUUUACUGAAGGUUCCUCCUUGUCUGAAGAAGGUGUGGUCAUAUUUGUCACCCAUCAGACUGCUCUGGUGGUGAGGCUUAGUCCUAUCUUGGAAGUAUAUGUACAGUUUCCUAAGCUAGAAGGUGCUCGGGAGGGUUCAAUUCCAUAUACUGCUUGGAAAUGUACAACACAGUCACGGGGUCCCUCCUCAGAAAGUACAAAAAGUGAAGCACUGGAAAGGAUCUCAUUGCUUGCAUUAGCAUGGGACCGGAAAGUUCAAGUCACUAAAUUAGUGAAAUCUGAGCUUAAAGAGUCUGGAAAGGCAGAACCUAAAGAAAGUGGCCAGUGGAUGCUUAAAGUGUGUGGAAACUGGACACUUGAAAGUCCAGCUGUAGGUUUGGCGUGGCUUGAUGAUCAGAUGCUGGUGAUUCUUACAUUAUCUGGCCAACUUUGCUUGUUUACAAGAGAUGGGACUUUUAUUCACCAAACUAGCUAUGGGAUUGAUGGAAAUGGAGGAGAUGAUCUUAUUUCUUAUCACACUUAUUUUACCAAUGUGUUUGGCAACCCUGAGAAAUCUUAUCAGAAUAGUCUAUAUGUCAGAGGAGCAUCUGUUUACAUACUUGCUCCUACACAUGUUGUUAUUUGUCGUUUUCUUUUGUGGCGGGAGCGUAUUGAGGUGUUGCGAAAUGCAGGCGACUGGAUGGGUGCCUUCAACAUGGCAAUGACAUUGUAUGACGGUCAGGCCCAUGGUGUUAUUGACCUUCCCAGAGACUUGCAUGCUAUACAAGAGGCUAUUAUGCCCUAUCUGGUGGAAUUGCUCUUUUCAUACGUAGAUGAGGUUUUUUCCUACAUUUCCGUAGCUUGUUUCAACCAGAUUGAAAAAGAAGUUGAUGGUUCCGUGACUGUGAGCAACUCAGCAUCUUCUGAAAUAAAGGAGCAAUUCACCCGGGUUGGUGGAGUAGCAGUUGAAUUUUGUGUUCAUAUCAAACGGACUGAUAUUCUUUUUAAUGAAAUAUAUUCAAAAUUCGUAUCAGUUCAGCAUAGAGAUACAUUUUUGGAGCUUCUAGAGCCAUAUAUAUUAAAGGAUAUGCUUGGAUCACUUCCUCCUGAGAUUAUGCAAGCAUUGGUGGAGCACUACAAUAGGAAAGGAUGGUUGCAGCGUGUAGAGCAAUGUGUUCUUCACAUGGAUAUUUCAUCUUUGGACUUUAAUCAGGUUGUUAGGUUAUGUCGGGAGAAUGGAUUGUAUGGUGCCUUGAUUUACCUUUUCAACAAAGGCUUAGAUGAUUUCAAGACACCUUUGGAGGAACUUUUGAGUGUGUUGAGAAAUCACGGAAGAGGUGCCGCUUGUGCUGCUGUUGGGUAUCGUAUGCUGGUUUAUCUGAAGUACUGCUUUUCAGGCCUUUCUUUUCCUCCAGGACAUGGAAAACUCCCUUUUGAGCGGUUGCCUUCUCUUAGGAUGGAGCUUUUGCAAUUUUUGCUGCAAGAUUCUGGUGGUCCCAAGUCACAGACAGGUGCAAGCUUAACUUCAACCGGAGCUUACCUACACUUGCACUAUCUUUUAGAGUUGGACACAGAGUCUACAUUAGAUGUUUUAAGGAUAGCCUUUGUGGAGGAUGAUGGUUUCAGGGAUGCAACUGUUGAUAAUCUAAAAGAUAAUGACUUAAACGCUGAUGACCAGAAUAUGCUAGUUCAGAAAACUGUUGACGCUCUCGUAAUUGUUCUCGAUAUAGAUAUUUCUCAAUCUGUCAGGUCUUGUGGCAGUGAUGAUACUGCCAAGGUAGUAUGGCCUUCAAAGAAAGAUAUAGGUCAUCUCAUUGAGUUUGUUGCAAGUUAUGUUGCAUCUAAAAGAGCUGAUGUAUCUAAGAGUGUCUUGAGCCAAAUAUUAGAGUACCUUACUUCAGAGAAUCAUAUUGUAUUAAAUGAGUGUGAGCAGCUAAAUGAAUCUAAGAUAAGGGAGAAAAAAGUACUUUCUCUGUUGGACGCAGUUCCUCAAACAGAGUGGAAUCAAUCCUAUGUCUUGCAUUUGUGUGAUAAAGCAAAGUUUCACCAGGUUUGUGGCUUGAUCCACACCAUUAGACACGAUUAUCUUGCUGCGUUGGAUAGCUAUAUGAAGGAUGUGGAUGAACCAGUUCAUGCAUUUUCAUUUAUUGACAGAGUAUUGCUGCAGCUAAGUGAAACUGAAUCUACAGCUUUCCGAUCAGCAAUCAUUUCCCGGAUUCCUGAGCUAGUUACUUUGAGCAGAGAAUGCACAUUUUGCUUGGUCAGUUAUCACUUGAGCAAUGACAGGGAGCAUGUUCUUUCCAAACUUCGAUCAACUCCUAGAAGCCUCUUCCUUUAUUUGAAGACUCUUUUUGAAGUUUAUCUUUCAGGAACCCUCGAUUUUUCUUGUGUAAAGGUGGAAAAUGUUAUUGAUGGUUCCUGGGGCAGACAGAAUAAUUGGGAAAAUAGCUUGAAUUCUUACCUGGCAAGAGUUCAGGAAUUUCCAAAGUUUAUAUGUAACAAACCUAUCGAAGUGACUGAUGACAUUGUUGAACUUUAUCUUGAGCUAUUAUGUAAAUUUGAACCAGAUUCAGUUCUCAAGUUCCUGGACACAUUUGAAAAUUAUAGAGUUGAUCAAUGUUUGCAAUUAUGCCAAGAAUAUGGCGUGGUAGAUGCUUCUGCCUUUCUUUUAGAAAGGGUGGGUGAUGUUGGAAGCGCUCUUCUGCUUACCCUUUCUGGACUCAAUGAUAAGUUCAUGAUGCUUGAUUCGGCUUUGAAAAGUAUGACUUCAGGCGUUGCCAAACCUGCACAUAAAUAUCUUGCUGCUGCUUCAAAGCUGAAAGAGGUACAGGAUAUUACAAAAAUACUACAUGCAUGUAUAGGCCUUUGCCAACGCAAUUCACCUCGUCUGGAUCCGGAGGAGUCUGAAUCACUGUGGUUCCAUUUACUAGACUCGUUUUGUAAACCUGUACUUAUGUCCCAAGGUAACUAUAAAAGUGGCAUACUAACUCAGUCUUCAAGCGAUAAGGAUAACACAGAGGUUAAUGCCAUCACAUGGAGGGUUCAUGAUACCCAGAAAUAUGCUCCAAUUUUGAAGGGAUUAUUUUCACAAUUUGUUAAGGAAGUUGUUGAGGGGAUGAUAGGAUAUGUUCGUCUUCUGUCUAUCAUGACAAAAUUUCUGGCAGAUAAUGGAAGUCAAGAAUUUGGUGACUUCAAGCUGACUAUUUUGGGAAUGCUAGGAACAUACAGCUUUGAGAGGCGAAUUCUGGAUACUGCCAAAUGCUUGAUAGAGGAUGAUACAUUCUAUAUCACGAGCUUACUCAAAAAAGGAGCCUCUAAGGGAUAUGCCCCUCGAAAUCUUCAGUGUUGCAUUUGUAACUGUUCCUUUAAGAGUUCAUCUAGCUCGGGCAUUCGGGUAUUUAAUUGUGGUCAUGCAACCCAUCUUCAUUGCGAAGUUCAGGAUAAUUUAACGUCAAGUCAAUGUUCUGGUGGAUGUCCAAUAUGUGUGCCUAAGAAAAAGAUCCAGAAAUUGAAAGGUAUGGUAGAGCAAGGGUUAGUCAGUGCAUUGCCAUCUACUGCACUCCGAGCACAAGGGGCAAGUAAUCUUCACUCGCAUGAACUUGAUGUGUUCGAUAAUUCUACUGGCCCUCAAAUUUCAAGAUUUGAAAUCUUGAAUAAUCUCAAAAAGAACCAGAGACUGAUUUUAAAUGAUACGAUGCCACAGCUGAGGCUAGCUCCUCCGGCUGUUUAUCAUGAGAAAGUAAACAAAAGAACUCAUUUUUCUUCUAGAGCAAGUAAUGGAGGUAUGGAUGCUGAAAACUCUAGUAGAACUAAGCAACUCCAAGAUCUCAAAGUAAAAGGUUCUCGGUUUCCAUUAAAAUCAAAAAUAUUUGGCAAGGAAAAAUCUCGUGUAAAUUAACAUGUCUGUUUUGCGGAAUCAAGUUCAGAACCUUCUAGUGCAAAUUUUGCUGAUUGAAGAAUAAAUUUUUUGGACUUAAUGCGUUUACCUUUUCAAUAAACUUUUUAUGUUCCGAUUUUCAUUCUCUUUGUAGCAGCAUCUGAAUUACUGUAUAUAGUUGUACAUAAUUGAGCUAGUUUAGGGUGUUUUGAUUAAAACCACUAUGACUUUUAGAACUGUGCUCCUUGUAAUUUAUUUAGUGUUGAUAUUCCAAUUAUUUGGCAAAAACUAUUGCAGGCUUACAGCCAUUUCUUGUGUCCGGUUUAAUUGCUUUAAGCUCACAUCUUCUCGUGUUAAUGCUCUAUAUAGGAUUAAGACUUAGGUGGCUAGCUCAUCGUUCUUGUGAGCCAAUUUCAGCUUGUUUCAGAGAUCAAAUUGAGUUCGUUUGGAUGGAUCAUGAAAGUUUUAUACUGGACAACAACAGGUGCCGUUGAUAUAACUAAAUUGAAUAUUUAUUUGUUGCGAAAUGCCACUUUUAAGUGUUAAUUUAAACAUUCCAUUUUUUUUAACCAUGUUGAUGUUAACAAGGAUCCCAACAAUAAUAAUUCAUAUGUUAACAAAGAAAUGAAAAGCUUAUGAUACGAUCAUAACAUGUGAAUCUGACUAAAGCAUUAAAAGGUUAUUUAGUUUGUCGGAUUUAACACUUAAUACGGGAUUUAUUUUGUUUGUCGAUGAAUCUAUGGGGCUGUGAGGGUAUGGCUGCUGGUUUUGGCUAUUAUUAUUAACCCUUGUUAGGUUUUCUAGCUUCAUGGGGGUCAUUGCUAAUGAGUGGAGGAUGUAUUGCUUGCUGCUGUGAUGGACGCAAAGGUAGUGGGUCCCUGGUACCUGUUGGUUCCCCCCUCCCCUCUUACUAGUGCUCUAUGAAGUCGGUCCCGAUAAUGCUUGGGAUGCAAUAUUACCAUUGUAUUGGAGAAGCAUGGUGCUAUUACUGCGUUUUGAGGCUUAGCAAAAGUUGUCGAUAAAAUGCAACCAUUCAUUGUGCUACUGCUGGCUGACCGAUAAGGUUGGCUGCCUGCUGAAGCCACUCAAUGUGAUCGCUGUGGGAGCUGUCCUGUUAAAGCUUUUGUAACUAAUGCCGCUAACAUGCUGAUAUAUGUUGAUGGUAAUGGGCUGGAUAUUGCCACUGAUGUUUUUUGAUGCUUUUUUGAUGCUUUUUGUGCUACUACUGCAUUGUCAUUGAGUCUUUGAUCUAGCAUGUGUUGGUGAAUGGCUAAAUGCGUGUACAGCUGACAUUAGUGCUAACUACUGUUUUGUUUGCAUGUGCUUCUGCUGGCGGCUUCCAGCUACUGUUGCUGCUGUGUGGAGGGGUUGCAAAAGGCCUACUGCUGCUGAGGUUUGAUGCUCCCAAAAGCUAAGUUGCUGCUGAUGCUCUUUAUGCUGCGGGUAUGCUAUUUGUGAUUAUUGUGACAUUGUGUGUAUUGUUCCAGAAGAUUAAAGCCUCUUGUGAUGCGAUGAAGCAAAUGAAGUAUUGUUGUCCUGGGGAUCAAUUGGGAAAAACCGAAGCCACCUAAUGGGGUUCAUUGUCAUAGCACUCCUAGAUUACCUGCGACUACCCACAUUAACUCAUGCUCUCUCUUUCACCAUCAUGAAUUCAGUUUUUAACUCCCUUAAUUAAAGACAUUUUCCUAAGACACAUUAACAACUGAAAUGAGAUUUUAAAAGGCAAUAAAACUCCACUGUUGUUGCUGCUAACGACGAGUUACCCUUUCAUUCUCUGCAAAAUGGUAAGUAAUCUGAAUUCCAUUGAUUGUUUUUAAAUUUUAAUUACCUUCAAUGUUUAUUUGAACAGCUAAUAGAAUCAUAAUGUAAUGCCUCAUCUUUUGCUAUUCGUAUGUAAUGUAAAUAAUGUAUUAAUGUAAGUUGGAUUUUACUUUUGGGAGAUAAAUGGAAGUAUGCAGUGUUGAGGAUUUUAAAUUUUUUGAUUACUUUAAAUUGCAUAAUGGCUUGUAAUGAACGGAAGUAAUGCAAGCAUAAUGACAGUUGCUAUAAACAAAAUGGAAUAAGUAAAAAAAUCAGGAAUUCCAUUGAUUACUUCUUCAAGCGAAAUAAUAGAUCAUGAUUUUAAAGAUGUUAAAGGAGAUGGAGUACAUAAAAAUGGUGAAAGAUGGAAUACAUUAGAGAUAGAAGAAAAUGCAGUGAAAGGGGGCGUUUUUAAAAUGACAAAAAAAAGUUAAAAAAUAAAGAUUUUUUAACCGUUUUUUAAAUACACUUGUUAGGAAUGCUAUGAGCAAUGUACCCAAUUAAGUGGGUUUAUUAAAAAAUUUGGGAAAUUAUCAAUGGUACUUUAGAGUUUUGGCAUUUUAUCAAUAGUAUCCCUAAGUUUUUUUAAUUAUCAAUGG